AUGAACCUAAUCUUAACAAUAAUUUUAAUCUCCUCUUCAAUCUCAACUAUUUUGGCCAUCGUUGCAUUCUGACUACCCCAAAUAAACCCAGACUCAGAAAAACUAUCACCAUACGAAUGCGGUUUUGACCCUCUUGGAUCUGCCCGCCUCCCCUUUUCAAUCCGAUUCUUUCUCGUCGCCAUCCUAUUUCUCCUAUUUGACCUAGAAAUUGCCCUCUUACUUCCACUUCCAUGGGGUAUUCACUUAGAUCCUAUACUUAUAUUAACAUGAGCAUUUGUCAUUAUCAUGCUCUUAACCGUCGGCCUAAUUUACGAAUGGCUACAAGGCGGAUUAGAAUGGGCAGAAU